UAUAAAAACAUUUGUGUUAAUUAUAAAAUAAUAUUAACAACGAUAAAAUAAAAGGGUUAAAAAUUAAUUGUUUCCAAAUACAAAAUUGGAUUUUAGCAUACAAGGGAACAGUGGGAGUAGCAGUUAGGGUAAAAACUCCAUCUUCACUAGAGGAGACGGCUCAGUCGAAAAGAAAAACUCCAUUGAUGGAAUCUCUACAGCUUGUCAACACACACGUCAAGCUCUUAGCCUUCGAUUUUCUCUCUCUCAAACCAAUCAACCACGAACCCACCAUUUUUUCUCGCAAGGGGAGACGCCUAUCGCGCGCAGAGACAGUGGGUAUCGUCGUAAGCAGAGACUUUAAGCCCAAUAGAUUUAUCAAAUUCGAUAUUGACGAUGGCACCGGCUGCAUACCAUGUAUCCUGUGGCUCAACCAGGAAAGUUCGCGUCACUUCUCCCGUCGUUGCCCAUCACAUGUUCGACUAAUUGCCCAAAUGGCAGCCGAUUUUGCUUCCCAAACUCAGCUUGGGGUUAUUGCUCGAGUUCGUGGUAAGAUCACUAGCUAUAGAGGUAAUCUUCAGAUUACUGUUUCAGAUGUUGUUAUAGAGAGGGAUCCCAAUUCCCAGAUUCUGCAUUGGCUAGAUUGUUUAAGGUUGGCCCGAAAUUGUUAUGAUAAAGUUGUCCUUCCUUGAACAUGAGAUGUUGCGUAAAUUGCGCGGAUAUGCAAAAUGUUGAAAUGAAAGUACAGAUAUGAGUUUGAGUUUGGCCAAACAUAGUAGCUUUGAUCCAAUUGUGUAGUUUAUUAAUAAAUUCAUCAAAUAUGUAUAAUAUUUAGAACACAAUUACUAACAUAAUAUUUUGAGUUU